AUGACUCUGCUGGCUCGCAAUGUACAGUGGGAGGGUAUGUACCGCCUCGAGGAGAUUAAUGACCCGUGCUCACUCACAGUUCACUCUCAUACUUCUGUGAGUUUCAUAGCAGAGCACAUUAUUAUGGACAUGAAGGUGUCAUCUGAUGACAAUGUCACUGUGACAUUCAACGAGUCAUCUGUGUGGCAUUCAACUGUCCAUGAGAGUAGUUACACGGAUCUGAGUUUUGUGGGAGUUUUCCAGAAGACCAAGACUACUUAUAGCUUUGUUGGCAACAUCAGCUCAUGCCAGCGGGAAAAUAUUGGAACCAUCAGUUUGUCACCGAACGCAAUCCGUGGUCGAAGCAAUGAUGAGACCAGAUUGCGGUAUGGUUUGGCCAUAGGCAUCCCAGUGUGUCUAGCCAUUUUGCUCACUAUCGCAUCAGUUUUUAUUUUAAAAUGGGGAAUUAAAAAAGGCUACCUGCGACAUGUCCCUUGGGCCUACAAGUAUUUCACAAAUCCUAAGAGGGGGCAGGCAGAUUUUGAAAUAAAUAAUCCUGAAUACAGCACUGAAAGUGGACAACCAGAAGUACAUAUUUGA